AUGGCAACCACACCGGUGCCAGAUUGGUUACAAAAAUUCACCGGUCUGAACUCCUGGCCCGACAUGAAUCCUCCGUACAUUCCAUUGGACUUUAUCAAUUUUGCAAACAUUCCAAACAUACCAUUGAGAGCACCAGGAACGUGUCCAACCAAUAGGUUACAAUGUUCAUUUGAUUGUUUUAAAUGUGUCAGUCAUGAUGAUGUUUACACAUGUCCUCGACUAUCCCAAACUUUUGACGAUGGGCCAUCUAAGUUUACAAAAAACUUGUUGAAGCAUUUACAUAGUAAGGCUACUUUUUUCACGUUAGGCUUGAAUGUUGUUAAAAAUCCUGAUAUUUAUCUUGACAUCAAAAACAGAGGUCACUUGCUAGGCAGUCACACAUGGUCGCAUAAGUUUUUACCAUCAUUGACUAAUGAGGAGAUCAUUGCCCAAUUCGAAUGGUCGAUUUGGGCAAUGAACGCAACAGGUCAUCACUUACCUAAAUGGUACAGACCACCUUAUGGGGGUAUCGAUGAUCGGGUGAGAGCAAUUGCUAGAAUGUUCGGUAUGCAAGCGGUUGUUUGGGACCAUGACUCAUUUGAUUGGCAAAUGGAAUCAAAGCCUCCACAGAGAACCAAGAAGCAGAUUUUGAAUGAUAUCAGUAGAUGGAAAGAUCAAGGUAGGGGGAUAAUCUUGGAACACGAUGUUUACAAAUCUACCACUGACUUGGCUAUUGAAAUCAACAAAAUCAUCGGUCCGAAUCAAAUGACGGUUGCUGAGUGCGUGGAUGGCAUCAAUUAUGUCAAAGAGUUUUGA